CUCCACGUCGUGAAAAAUCUUGGGAUUUUACUUGAUAAAUAAGUCUUGAAGAUCCCCUACACAGAUGGAUACAUCUUUCAAGCAACGUGUUCGCCGUCGCUAUACGUGGAACUUCGGAAUUGAGUCGUUGACGAAUUUACCAACCAACGGAUUUGAAAAUGAGUCAACACAGAAAGCACACUCUAUUUCAAUGCAGCGGCUGUCAUAUGGAAUCCACGGUCCCUCUAGACGAUGUAAAACCCGCCCUCCUUAUUCCCCUGAGGUUGUCCCAAUGCGACAUCAGGAAAUUCUUAACGUGGUAGACCUCUUUAACAAGGUCAUUUGUCUGGCCAGGAAUGAGACACGAGAACGGCCAAACCAAAAAGCAUCUCGAGUUCUAGACAUCAGAACAGGCACUGGUAUCUGGGCAAUAUCCCUUGCAGAAGCCGAUCACAGCAGUAGGGUCACAGGAAUCGACACAGUCCUCAUGUAUCCCACAGCGUACGUUCCUAACGCGUCUUUUCUCCGUGUCGAUAAGAUCGAAGGCCCGUGAGAGGAACUGAAGUUACCAGAAUCAUUCGACCUUGUUCACAGCCGGUUGCUGUUCGAUAAUCGAGUAAACUUGCUCGAACAGUACAAGAACUCCUUCGCUGCACUCCAGCCGGGCGGUAUUUUGGAGCUAGAGGAAAUAGAUUGGAAGAUCUGCAGCGACGACAGUACCCUCCCCGAACGUUCGUACAUCAGACAGUGGGUGAAUACGUUCAAAAAGAGAGCUCGGCAUCGCUCGGACAUUGAAGAAACUAAAGCUCACCUCGAAGAAGCCGGUUUCAUUGAAGUUACGGAGGUGAAGAUCAAGUUGCCUAUAACGAAUUGUGAACCAAGCGCCAUGAAUUGAAGCGCCAAAGGUACCGGGUUUCCGCUCCGGGGCAACUUUCCCUGAAUGGGAUUCUUCAGCAAGGUUGGUACGAAGCAAGGCCACAACUGACCGGUGAUUGCCCGGGUCGGCUACGGGCGCCAAUUUGGAUGCCGCAGGCAACGGGUUUGAUCUCUUCUCUCUCUGACGUAAAUCGCCUGACCAGUGUAUCUUGCACGAUCCAU